AGCGGGGAGAAGCAGUGCCCAGAGACAGAGCUAACGAGCCAGGUGUGAGGACAGAGCUUAUGUCUGGGCUCUGAGCUCCCAAACUGCACCCCGAUCAUGGACAGGCAGCACUCUGAAAAGCCACACAGCCACCGCGCAGCUAACAGAGGGUCAUCAACCACGUCCUUCAAACCCAGAUCCAUGUUGGACACAGUGCACAUGAAAGCCCUUCGGGACUCUACCUGCAGACACCAACAGACCCACUCCUCCAGUAUCCUGCCCCACAAGUCCAUGAGCAGCCAGAGUGGACUAGUGUUUGACCACAAGAUGUUCAUGGAGAAUGCCUACGACUCAGCCAUCUGCUUGAAGAUGCUCCAGGACAUAAGCAGCUCAGAACUUCCCUACCUUCAGUUCGUCAUCAAGAGGCUCAGGAAUAUGGUUCAUAAGUCCCCCAACUUGGUGAUGGAAACCAUCCAUGACUACUUCACAGACAACCCACAGAUCUCCAGCCGGCACAAGUUUAGGCUGUUCCAGGUCCUGGAGAAUGUCAUCAAAGCCAGUGACUGCCUGGAGGAGACAUGGAGGAAAAACUUCAUGCAGCUGGCCCUGGAUAACAUGGUCAAAUGCACGGAGCUGGAAGACACAUACCAGGAUGCAGCCAGCAAUGUUCUGGUGGCCAUCUGCAAGCACUCGUGGCAGGCAGUGGCCCAGCACCUGGAGACUGAGCUCUUGACUGGCAUCUUCCCACACCGCAGCCUCUUCUAUGUGAUGGGCGUCCUGUCCUCCCAUGAGGAACUACUCAGCAAGGAAGACAAGGCGCACUGGGAAGAACUGCUGGCCCAGAUAACUGUCAAGUCAGUCAAUUUCCUGAACACAUGGUCCAAGGAGUUGCUGGAGGCCCUCACCAGACCCAGCCAGACUCAGCAGGACCAAUGCCCAGAGAAGACUUUCCUGUUCACCUACUAUGGACUGAUCCUGCAAGCAGCAGACGACAGUACCACAGUCAGGACACACCUGCAAGCCCUCCUGGAAACAUCCCAUCAGUGGCCCGAGCAGAGGGAGGGAAUCGCGCUCACUGUGGGGUUGGCUGCAGCCCAUCAUUUGGAUGACGUCUGGGCGGUACUGGACCAGUUUGGCCGGAGCCGGCCAGUCAAGUGGACUCUCCAAAGCCCCAUCUCAAAGGACCAGAGCUUCGAGGACCUGCAGUGGAAAUGGGCAAGCAGCACCAUCCUCCUUGCCUACGGUCAGAUGGCAGCCAGGGCCAAGGCCCAUAUUCUUCCAUGGGUGGACAACAUCUUGUCUAGGAUGAUCUUCUAUUUCCGAUACAGCUCCUGGGAUGAGAACCUCAAGCAGAGUUUCCUCUUAGCCGUCAUGAUGCUGGUGAAGGCUAUCAGCCGAAGAGAGGGUGCCCACAGCUACGAGUUCUCCCAGACCUCCCAACUCCUCGAGUGUCUGAUAGUUCUAAUGGAAAAAGAGUCCCCAGGUGUACUGUGCACCACCAACCGCCAGCAGGCCAUCCACAUCGCGUCCAAGCUCUGUGAGCUGAGGCCACCGAUAGACAAAGACAGGAAGUCACGGCUCCUGUCCACUUGCUUCCGCAGCGUGUUUGCCUUGCCCCUGAUGGACACUCUGGAGAGACAUACCUGCCUUUUUCUGGAACCACCCAAUAUACAGGCUCUGUACAACCAGACUCUGGAGGCAUUGGACCACAUGCUGCAGAGCUUCAUUCUGCAGAGCCCCACAACCAGUGAAGUACAAUACCUGCUGUUGCACCUGUAUCCCUGGCUGGCAUCGGAGAAGGUGCAUGAGCGGCAGCGCGCUGCACACUGUUGCAUGAUCCUGCUCAGAUUCCUGAAUCAUCGAUGUUGCCUGGAUCCAAAGGAGGACUUCAGACCAAUGGGACAACUGACGGGCAUGCUGGGAAUUCUGUGCCAGGACCCAGACAGGGCCACUCAGCACUCCAGCCUGGAAGGGAUUGGCCAGCUCUACCAGUUCCUGCUGCACCAGAAAGAAGCAGCGUUACAAGAAGAAUUACAGAACCCCGAAGAGCUCUUCCAGCCAGAUGCAGAUGAAGCCUCCCUAUGCAGCACUGGAGACCAAAGGACCACAUCUUUAUUGUCUCAGAAGGUGGUGACCCCAGAGGACAGCAUAAGCCAGCUGGACAGCUCCAAAGCCAUCAAGGAGAUCAUGAGUUACCUCACAAUGGAGGAGCUGACGGACCUCAUCUGGACAGUCAUUGAAGGCCUGGGCUCCACCAGUGCCUUCCGCGUGCAGGCAGCUGCUCAGCUGUUCCUCGAUGUCAUUCAGGAGUGUGAGGCCAAGCUGGAGACCACAAAGGUUGCCAACAUGGGCCGGGCCAUCCACUGCCACCUCUGCUCUAUCCACAUCCCCGAGGCCAAGGCCAAUGUCCUCCAAGCCGUCACCAUGCUGGCACGGGACCACACCUCUGAGCUGGUGGCUGCCUUCCUAGACUUCUCUAUGCCCUUGGACAGCCAUGCCGUAUGCCUCUGGAAAGCCCUGGGCACCGAGCACUCCACCAGCCGCCUGGUGCUGGCUGUGCUGCUGGCCUGGAUGCAGGAGCGUCCUCUGUUCACCAGAGCAGGUGAUGGUAGCCCCCACUCCAAGAAGACCAACCUGCGCUCGUUGGCCGCUAUGAACAUGCUGCACGUGCUGCAGUUCAUGCAGGAGUUCAAGAAGGCCAUCCAGGAGGCCUUUCCACAGCUCCUUCUGGCCCUCCUCACCCAGGUGCACUACGUCCUGGAACUGAACCUGCCCAAAGCCAAGUCCCUGCCAGGGCAGCAGGUCCAGGAGGCAGCCCUGCCCAAUCCCGAGAGCACAUCCCUGGAAGCCCUGAAGAGCCUGCUGUUCACCACAGGACACUGUCAUGACUUUGCUCACCUGGAGCUUCAGGGUGCCUGGGAACACUUCUCCUCCAUCAGCACCUACCCGCAGGGUGUGGUCCUCCUUGCCAGGGCCAUGGUGCAGAACCACUGCAGAAAGAUUAAGGCCGUGCUUAGCCAGCUGCUGCCCAGCCUGCAGAGCCAAGAGGAGCGUGAGAGGAAGGUGGCCAUCCUCAUCCUCAUGGAGUUUCUCUACAGCCCCGCUCUGCUGAAGGUCCUUCCCAGUCAGGCUGCCAGGACUGUGCUGGCAAAAUGUCUCUGCGACACUAGCCCAGAGGUGCGUGUGUACAGCUUGCAGGCACUUGGAAAUAUUCUCUUCCACCCAGAGAAGGAAAGCCUGCUUCGUGCGCAGCUGCCGCAUUUCCAUGAAGGCUUCUUCCAGAAGAGUGAGCCAGUGGUCCUGGGCAUCAUGAGCACCGUGUCGGACGUGCUGCACCGCCUGGGCAGGCAGGGCGCAGGCGCCCAGAGCCUCGGUGUCGCCAUCAAUGUCCACACUUUCUUCGACGACGAGCGGGACCAGAUUCGAGCAGCAGCCAUGGCACUCUUUGGGGACCUGGUGACCUCGAUGGCAAAUGGGAAUCCCAGUGACCUUCAAACCCAGGUGUACCAGAGCAUGGUGCCCCUGCUCCUGCACCUAAAGGACCAAUGCCCAGCCGUUGCCAUGCAGGCCAAGUUUGCCUUCUACCGCUGUGCUGCCCUGCUGCACUGGCAGCCACAGCACAUCCUCUUCUGCACGCUGGCUUGGGAGCACAGCCUCAGUGCCCGCCACUUCCUCUGGACCUGCCUGAUGACCCGCAGCCAGGAAGAGUUCAACAACCACCUGGCACAGGCCCUCAAGUACCUGUACAGAUGCCACCGCCACAUGAAGACCUGGGCAAUACUCUUCAUAGGUUACACCAUCUGCUACUUCCCCCGGGCCUUGUCCCAGACGCUGAACAACAGGGAUAUGGACCUACUGCUCCACACUUUUGAAGAUCUCAAAAGAGACCCAGAGCCCAGCAUCCAAGAAUUUGCCACCAGGCAGCUCUGCUUCUUGCAGAAGGUGUCAGCCAGACCCCAGAAGUGACUUCCUGCUGUCCUCCCACCCUCUCUCCCUCUCUGCCCAACCUCAAAGUCCAGCCUGGCACA